GCAGUCGUCUGCAAACACCACUUCCGGUACAAUAGAAGAUGGCCGAUAGGUUACUUUCUGUUGCGGCGCUAUGCCUAUUGUUUUGCCCUACGUUUACAUUAGCUACGAAAGCAGAACCUUUACAAAUUAUAACAGAUGAUAAUUGGCAUUCAAUUUUGGAGGGAGAAUGGAUGAUUGAAUUCAUGGCACCUUGGUGCCCGGCUUGUCGCUCAUUCCAGCCAGUAUGGCAGGGCUUAGCUGAGUGGAGUCGUGAUCUUGAUAUAAAUGUUGCAGUCGUUGAUGUUACUGAAAAUCCAGGGCUAAGUGGAAGAUUUCUUGUCACUUCUUUACCUACAGUUUAUCAUGUGAAGAAUGGAGAAUUCCGAGUAUACCAGGGCCCAAGAAGAGAGAAUGACUUGCUUAGCUUUGUAGAUGACAAAAAAUGGGAGGAGAUCACUCCAGUUUCAUCUUGGGCACACCCAAACUCCUACUUGAUGAGUGCUGUUGGAUUCUUCUUUAGGCUUGCAUUGUACAUUAGGGGAUUUUAUACAACAAUGACCACAGUGUAUGGCAUACCAGAAUGGGGCUGUUACAUCAUUUUGGCCAUUGCAACAAUCAUCACAGGUCUUAUGCUAGGGCUAAUGUUUGUCUUGUGCUGUGAUUGGUUGUUCCCUCCAAAGUACAGUCCAAGAAAAACCAUUCCCAAGGUCUGUGAUGAAACUGGGUCAAGUCAAGAAAAGGAUGAUGAGUCGGACCUCUUGGAUGAUUCAGCCCAGGAAGUACCCACAGCAGAUUCAGAGCUAAGUAAAGGUGAAACCUCUGUCCGCAAAAGGAAGGCACAAAAUAAAGAUGCUGCAUCAGAAGUGAAAGGCAAUAGUUGUAACGAGAAGUUGACAGCAGAGGAAGUGACGGAAGAGAAAAAAGAUUCCUAGUUGUCCAUCCAGAUCAUCUUUUACAAAUGCAUGAAAUUGAGUCCUGUUUCUAGGAUCACAUUGAUGAAACAAGAGGUGGACCAUAAUUUUUUAUCCAUAUGGGAAGUUUGGGAAGAUAAUUUUAUCCAAAAUAUUUUAAGAACACUGAUACUGCAUUUGAAAGAGAGGUAAACCUCCUGGUACAUUGUUGUAAUAAAUGAGGAGAUUUUUGACAUAGCUAUUUUGAAUAAGAUUGUGACCUUAGCAUUUAGGUGCAUAUGCAUGCCCAGAUACGUGUGCUUUUUGCUUCUCAUUCAAAAAACAUGCUUUCUCACACACACAUCCACAUAGAGCCAUAAUUGCAGAAUACAGGCUGAUUUCAUUACUCAUAUAUUCAUACAUUUAUUGAGCUACAAAAUCCAUCUUUAUAGGUAACUGCAUAAUAUGCUUUAGAUCACUUCUUACCAAUGUUUUUUAAAUUUCUUUUAGCCUUUUUUUUUACAAAAUAAAAAGUUACGCAAUCCUAUCUUUUCUGGACUGAUGGGGAGCAUAUUGCUGCAAUUUAUUAUUACCUCUCUUUUCCUAUGCAGUAUAUAUGAAUAUAUGACUGAUCUUUUUUCUUGUUUGUUGAGAUGAUUUUGGAGAGUGAGUGUGGUUGUAUUCCUGGAGAUUUCUGUACUGAAGUGUGAUUUAUGAAACUGUUGCUGAACAUUCUGAAUUACAUUCAACUGGUCCUUUUUUUUUUUUUUUUUUGUCAUUUUGGAAAAAGUAUGUGCAUUGGUUUCUUGUUGCGAAGUUAACAUUUGAUGUUUCUGUGGUUUCUGCAUAUGAAUGAAAGGUUAUGUUGCCAUUUUGAUGGGUUUUUUUUUUUUUUUGUGUCAAGCUGAACAUCUGUGGUUAUUGAUGUGGUUUAUGGUUAAUGAACUUCUGAAGUGUUGACUGUUCUGUUAUUCAACAAUAACGACAAGAAACAAUAAUUACAGAGCAUGUUUAAAAAAAUGAAGAAAGAAAGAGUAAACAAAAGCUGAAUGAGCCUCUUGAAUGAAAAACAAGGGUUAUGGGAGGAGAGACAGAGAGAUUCAUUCAUUAAUUGAUACCUGCUGAUAAUCAGUUUCCCUGAUUCGCCAGUAUUGUCAGGGAGAGACCUACAUAGAUGCAGUAACUGAACAGUGGUGAGCAAGUCCUGCCUGGAAUGACCAGUCCACUCCACAUUUUGCAACCAAUUGUCCCUCUGACAAUUUUGACAUCGACAAUCCUCCAAGGUGCUCUUACGAGUGGUCUUAGAGCAUUAUGCGGGGGUUGAAAGAGACUCUUUAUUUUCCACGAAGAUGGCAACUAUGCUCUCAAGUCAUUAAUCUUGAAUUCUGUGUAUGGGAGAUUCAGAGCAGUUUUCUUAGCCAGAUUCAGGCACAUCUUUGAAGGGGAUAACACUGUAGUUAUAGCUGUGUUGUAGUUUGUAGCUAUGAGGUAUAGAGGCUGCAACAGUGCUUUGAGCAGAAUUCCAUCCACUAGCUAUACUAAAUACAGAGUUCAGAAAAACCUGAUGUUAUUUUCUGUUUUAAGACUUAGUGGACAUGUAAGCAAAUGGAAUAUUUACGGCUGGCAGUAUUUUAAAAGGCUUUGCUCUAAUCUAAUGUUAUUGCAUCAUAAGGUUCACAUAUUAGCAUAUUGAUAGUUUUUAAAUUUAAAGCCCACAUCAAAUCUCUAUGUUUUUGUGUACCAUAUCACCUGUAGUGCAUCAUUGAGCUAUUUUUAAGUCAUUAUAUUUGUUUGUAUACAUUCCUGCUUGUUUACAAUCUGCAUUCUGAAAUUGAGGUUCUGACUGGUGUCUGAUAAGCCUAAAAACUAAGGGUUUUUUUUAAGUUAACAUGCAUUUUUUUUCCUACCUAGAUGAUAUAGGUGAAACAGACUAGAGCUAUACUUUCACUUAUUUGCAAGAUAUAUUUAAUUCUUUUGGAGAAGAACAACAGUGCAUAUGUGAUAUAUGAGGGAUCAAUAUCCUAACAUCAAUGUUUUGUCAACAUUACAGUGCUACUCACAUCUCUAGGGACAAAUUGUUUUAACCAUUUAAAAUGUAUGUCUUAGGAAACCUGUGGCUAUUAUGAAGGAGUUUUAGGAAGAUUAGAUGUUCAGUUAAUUUGUUUCAAAUUACAGACAUAAUCAGCCAAAAAGAGUACAUAAUUAUCUUUUGUGAAAAGAAAAGACCUGUUUUCUCACUUUGUAUUUUCUACUUUGUAAUGUUCAUUCCAUUUGAUCUAGCCAAUUUGUUUUCUUUUAGUAUCUUCACUUGAGUGAUGUUUUAAUUUUCUAGCAACAUGAAUAUUCUGUUACUAACGAAGACAAGUUUUUUUGUUUUCUCUUGCCAUAACUCUUUCUAGUCCAAUUUAUAUUUAUACAAUAAAAACCACUAUCACCUAAAAUCAAAAGGGUAAAGAGGUGAAACUUUGGAUUAUGAGCAGUUUCACUCUGUCUAUCCUUGUAUCUAACAUGGCCAUAGAGUAGAAGGUAUUUAUGGGGUUUGGCUGCCAUGGUUUUAAUUUUCUUCAAACCCCUGUGGUUUUUCAGACUAAUGGCUAAUAGUACUUGCUGCCCUAUUUAAACCUGUGCAUUUUGCAUCUGUGAUGGGUCAUAUUAGACUGAUCUGCUUCUCAUGACUGAAGAAACGAAGUAUGAAUUCCUGCGUGGGUGAUAAUGGUUUCUAUCAGCCGAAUUCUCCUAGGUUUGAUAACCCUUUUGGCUUAAAUGCUUAAUGCUCAAUCUCUCACCAAAUCUGUUAACCACAAAGCCAACAUGGCACAAGCAGAAACUUCAAAUAAAUAUUUAAAUGUAUUUAAAUUUUCCCUGAAGAAAUGAAAAAUGAUAAUUUUUUCCCAGGCUUUUUGAAAGUUUGAUUUUGUGUGACACUGGUGUUAGCAGUUUCUCUCAUGUCUUUGUCUCCUUUCCUUGUCCUUGAGCUAAUGUAGAAAAUGGCUAGAGUAACAUGAGAGGUGAUAAAUCUAGUGGUAUUUCUGUCUUCUUAAAGGCUAUGUAUUGAUUUAAAACCGUGAAAGAAUAUUGCAUGAAAGUAUUGGUAGUGUUUUUGUUAAUUGCUCGUUUGGAGCGUUGGAAUGUUUUAUCUUAUGCAGUUUUAUUGGAGAUUCAAAAUAAAAAUUUGAGCCUGAA